UUCUUCUUUGCCUGCCUGUCUGCUAAUCAUUAUUCAUAUCAUCUCAAUGAACUGUCCACCCUAAACCCAAAUCACCCAUCAAAAUGUCCAGCGGGCUUCAUAAAAUCGCCCUUGUCUCAAAUGAAACUCAUAGAAGACCGUGCCGAGCUGGAUUGCGAGGUCAUAGGGAACCCCAUCCCCGAAGUUCAGUGGUGGUUCAUUGAGGGUGAAGAGCCGAUUGAAACGGUCACUCAGCUGUUUGACGGCGCGAGAGAGGAUAGCGUACACAUCAAUGCCACCUAUAUCAACCACGCCACCAGCACACUCAUCCUCACCAACUUAACACUCAACGACACGGGUGUUUAUGAGUGCCGUGCUUCAAACGACCCCGACCGCAAUGACCUCAGGACCCCACCCAAAGUCAAGUGGAUUCGCUCACAAGCGAACAUUAUAGUGUUUGAACAUGCAGCCAUCACGACCAAACCAGAGGUGGUGAACGACCAGAACCAGACCUCUGCAACACUCAGCUGCAACCUUACCAACCCUUUUUCUCCCAUCAAAGGCUACUAUUGGACCCAUAAUGGCAAGACCAUUGACAAGUCAGAGUCAACCACUGGAAAAGCUUUCAUUGAACACGAAAUUAAAAAGAUUGAUUACCACUCUGCUGGACUAUAUGCAUGUGUCUUCCAAACAGAACCUGAGGUUAAUGCGACCAUUGAAGUUAAAGUUAUCCCACAUGUAGUGGCCUACAAACACUCUGAAAAUGCUAAUGAGAAAGACAAGGCUGUCCUAAUAUGUGUGAGCCAUGGAUACCCCCUGCCUACUGACUGGAGUUGGUAUAAGCUCAGUGAAGAUGACAGUGAAAAGGUAAAUAAAGCUUGUUGUAAUAACAUGAGAUUGGUACCUGGGGUGUAUUACAGAAAGUGGGUUUUGUUGGAAUCUGAGUUUGUUAACCCCAGAAAAUGGAAACUCAGUGUUUUCGGUUCCAAUAAAAGACAAAACUUAAACCUCUCGUUAAGUUACCAUAGUAACUUACUCUGUGAACCUAACCUGGUCAGGAGCAGGUUUUCUUCGGUAAACCCAGAGUUUCUUAUUUUAGACUGCUACUAUGAUGACUCAGGAUCUGCACCACUGAAGAGCAAUGCUGCUACAAACCACAAAGACAAAAAUGUCCGGCAAAGGAACUCCAACUGAGAAGGGAGAAAAGGUGUCCUGAUGACUACUGUUGAAGAUAAAUGGAGAAUUGAGUUGCUGAGUAGCACAUUAUAGUGCAUCCUGCGAGUUCUUACCCUUCUGCUUGAGUGUAAACGUCUUGAGAUAAUAAUUGGUCUCCUUUUCCUUUUAUUCCUAUCCAUUUUGUGCUGCCAGCUGAUGUUUUUAAAAUGUGUUUUGGGGGGGAGGGGGGAAACUGCAUGAUUGUAUUCUUGCUGUAGUGUGUGUAUAGUGAAUCUCUUAAUGUGGGAAGGAUUUUUUCCCUCCGUCUUUCUAGUUUCUUUCACUGUUCCUCACGAGUGUACACACCGCAACUUUCCGAAACAUCUACCGAGUGUAAUUGAAUCACCGUUCAGCCGCAUGAGAAUUUAACCAUGUUUAGUGUAUACAAAUAGCUCGCUGAAUCAAGUUUUUAUGACAGCAGUCGUUUCCCUUUCUGUAAGCCUUAAUGUUUAGCCGCUUUAUUGUACAUGCUAGUUUUAAUUAUUGAAAUUUAAAUGAACAACUUUUAUGUGCAGUACUCAUGUCGUCGCUGCACAUUUAAGUGCACUAUUCCAUGUGGAUGGUCAAAUGCCACUUGAUUUUGUCAGGCUAACAAUUUUCUGUUUAAUAAUGUCAAACAAGCUUAUUUUAAAGUUGAUAAUGUAGUUUCUAAUGUUGACUUUUAGGGUUCCUCCUGCCUAACCCUUAAGGACCAAGUGCUAGUACAGUGUGUCAUUUGCUGUUCGCGUAAUUGUUAUAAUUGUUUCCCAAAUUCUAACAUG